AUGCAGUCGGAAGGAAAGGACAAGAGCGCAAACCCCAUGCGCGAGCUGCGCAUCCAGAAGCUCGUGCUCAACAUCAGUGUUGGUGAGUCUGGUGACAGACUUACUCGCGCUGCUAAGGUGCUCGAGCAGCUGAGCGGUCAGACUCCUGUCUACAAGAGAAUUGUGUGGCUGACGAGGUGGAAAAUUUUUUGCACAACAGGCAAGGCCCGCUACACCGUCCGUACCUUCGGUAUCCGUCGUAACGAGAAGAUCUCCGUCCACGUUACCGUCCGUGGCCCCAAGGCUGAGGAGAUUCUCGAGCGUGGCCUCAAGGUCAAGGAAUACGAGUUGAGGAAGAGGAACUUCUCCGAGACCGGCAACUUCGGCUUCGGUAUCAGCGAGCACAUCGAUCUGGGUAUCAAGUACGACCCCGGUAUUGGUAUCUACGGCAUGGACUUCUACUGCUGCAUGACCCGCCCCGGUGAGCGCGUUGCUAAGCGUCGCCGCUGCAAGGCCCGCGUUGGUGCUCCCCACCGCAUCAACCAGACCGAGACCGUCAAGUGGUUCAAGAACCGCUUCGACGGCAUCGUCCGGUAA